AUGAUAGCUUCUAGAAACUCCUUACUAGUUACUAAAACCCGUCUGCCAUCGCUAUGCUACCCUUUGUUGAAAAGGUCCUAUGUGUCAAAGACUCCGACACACUCUAACACAGCCGCUAAUCUGAUGGUUGAAACUCCAGCCUCGCCCAAUACUAACGGCAACAGCGUAAUGGCGCCUCCCAACUCAAUCAAUUUUCUACAAACGCUCCCCAAGAAGGAGUUGUUCCAGCUGGGGUUCAUCGGUGUCGCAACUUUGAACAGCUUUUUCCUUAACACAGUUAUCAAGUUAUUCCCUUACAUCCCUAUCCCAGUGAUAAAAUUUUUCGUCUCUUCCCUAUACUGUGGUGGUGAAAACUUCAAAGAAGUCAUAGAGUGUGGUGAGCGUUUGCAGAAGAGAGGAAUAUCUAACAUGAUGCUUUCGUUAACUAUCGAAAACUCCGAAGGGACAAAGAGUCUGUCUAGUACUUCAGUCGACCACAUAGUUGAAGAAACCAUCAGUUCUGUCCACAACAUUUUACUGCCCAAUAUCAUAAACCAGCUGGAAUCCAAGCCAAUCAACGACAUUGCCCCUGGUUAUAUCGCUUUGAAACCAUCUGCUUUGGUCGACAACCCUCAUGAAGUCCUGUACAAUUUCAAUAACCCGGCGUUUAAGGCCCAAAGAGAUCAACUGAUCAACAACUGUUCAAAGAUCACAAAAGAGAUCUUCGAAUUGAAUCAAACGUUGUUGAAGAAAUACCCUGAAAGAAAGGCUCCCUUUUUGGUCUCUACCGUCGAUGCUGAGAAAUAUGAUUUGCAAGAAAACGGGGUCUACGAAUUACAAAGAAUUCUUUUCCAAAAAUUCAACCCCGUUUCAUCUAGACUGAUAUCAUGUAUUGGUACCUGGCAACUGUACCUGAGGGAUUCCGGAGACCAUCUGUUGCACGAAUUGAAACUGGCACAGGAAAAUGGUUACAAACUUGGGUUAAAAUUGGUCCGUGGCGCUUAUAUUCACUCUGAAAAGAACCGUAACCAAAUUAUCUUCGAUGAAAAAACAGGCACUGAUGAAAAUUACGACCGUAUCAUCACACAAGUGGUCAACGAUUUGAUUAUUAAUGGCGAAGAUUCUUAUUAUGGUCACUUGGUCGUCGCCUCCCACAACUACCAAUCCCAAAUGCUCGUUACAAACUUGUUGAAAUCUGCCCAAGAUAACUCUUAUGCCAAAUCGAACAUCGUAUUGGGACAAUUACUAGGUAUGGCGGAUAAUGUUACUCAUGAUCUUAUUACCAACCAUGGUGCCAAAAACAUAAUCAAAUACGUUCCAUGGGGUCCGCCACUCGAAACCAAGGACUAUCUUUUAAGAAGAUUACAAGAAAAUGGAGACGCUGUGAGAUCUGAUAAUGGCUGGCCAUUGAUCAAGGCCAUAGCAAAGUCUAUUCCCAAAAGAGUGGGGCUAUGA